AUGAAGCGCACGGGCUGGCAGAGGUUUGUCGUGCUUCGGGGUGUUGGGACUUUAGCUUGGGGCUUGCGCGGACAGCUGGCUGUCAGCCCAAGAUAUGGCCGGGCUGCAAUAGCUGGAGGCUGUCAUCGUCCAUGCACCAGACCUCCAGCUGCCUUCCGGAUACAUGCUCUCCGCCGAUUCAGCACGCUUCCGCGGAGACGAUACAACAACACCAACAACGACGACGAUGAAGAUGCCGGCACGUACAGUGAAGCGGACUACGAACACGCGGUUAUCUCAACAUUUGACCUCUUCUCCAUCGGCAUCGGCCCCUCGUCAUCUCACACCGUCGGACCCAUGCGCGCCGGCAACAUCUUCGUGGCCGAUCUUGUGGAAGCUAACCUGCUGCAGCGGGUCGAAAAGAUCCGCGUGGCCAUCUACGGCAGCCUGGCCCUGACGGGCGAGGGACACAUGACGCCGUCGGCCCUGCUGCUCGGCCUGGAGAGUGCCGACGUGGAGACGGUGGACACGGCGUACGUGCCGAAGCGGUUCGCCGAGAUCAAGUCGACCAAGAAGCUCUUCCUGGGCCAGGGGCUUCCCGGCGGCCCCAGGGGUAAAGAGAUCACCUUCGACUACGAACGCGACUUCAUCUGGGAAUGGGGCAAGAAGCUGCCCUUGCACAGCAACGGCAUGCGUCUGAUGGUGUUCGACGCCCAGGGCGACAUGUUGGCCACGAAUGACUUCUUCAGUGUCGGCGGCGGCUUUGUCGUCAAUGGUGCCCUGUCGAACAAUGCAGAGAACCAAGACCCGGCCAACAGCUCCCCCACACAGUCCCACGAUCUGGUGUCGCCAGAUGCGGGACAUCAUCCGGCAGAUCUGAGCGAGAACAUGUACUACAAGGAGAUCCGCCGCGCAGACGCCGCGGGAGAUCGGAAAACUGGGCUCGAGGUCAAACUCCUGGACGGUGACGGUAUGUCGGAGACGGGAGUCGAGGACACUGGAAGUGCCCUUUCGACAGUGUCCCCGACGGGCCCUGCAGACAUCGAGCCCGGAGGCGACCACAACACGGCUACGACCUCACGCCAGCCUCGCUACCCGUUCCGCGAUGCAGCCAGCUUAUUGCAUCUCUGCCACAAGCACAACCUGACGAUUGCACAAUUGGUGUUCGAGAACGAGAAAAGCCAUGGGUCUUCCGAGGAAGAAAUCUACCGGAAGCUCUUUCGCAUCUGGCGAGUCAUGGACGACAGCAUCCUCGAGGGUGUUCAGGCUCCGCUCGACUCGACUUUGCCCGGCUCCCUGAAGCUGCAUCGACGAGCUCCCGCACUGUACCGGCGGCUUACGAGAGGUCUCUACCCUGCACACACCCAGGGAACCCAAGACGUCGAACAUGUGGGAUCCAUCUCUCCUGCAAAGACGGGCGAUGCCUCCCUCCCUCACCCGGCAGCCACGGCGGUGGCUCGGGCACCGAAUCGCAUGGGCCUGCGACGGGUUCCCCGCGUCCACGGCGCUCUCGAUCAUCCCAUCCCACCGCCUCCCGUACGUCGCACGACGUUCCCUGCCAUGGACUACUUGACCGCAUACGCGAUUGCCGUUAACGAGACCAACGCGGCCGGGGGACGAAUUGUCACGGCUCCGACGAACGGCGCCGCGGGUAUCAUCCCCGCCGUGCUCAAGUACACGAUCGAGUUCAUCAGCGACGAUCCCGAACGGGACGUGCCGACCUUCCUCCUCACCGCCGCGGCCAUCGGCAUGCUGUACAAGCGCGGCGCGACCAUCUCGGCGGCCGAGGGCGGCUGCAUGGCAGAAGUCGGCGUCGCGUGUUCGAUGGCUGCGGGUGCGUUUGCGGCGUGCAUGGGGGCGAGCCCCGAAGCUGUGGAACAGGCUGCCGAGAUCGGCAUCGAGCACAACCUGGGCCUGACGUGCGACCCCAUUGGUGGUCUUGUGCAGGCGCCGUGUAUCGAGCGAAAUGCCCUGGGUGCCAUCAAGGCGAUCUCGAGUGCCAACCUCGCUCUCAGCAGCGAAACCGGCACGCAGAAGGUCCGGCUGGACGAUGCCAUCCGGGCCAUGCGCCUGACCGCCCGAGGGAUGAGGAACGAGUUCAAGGAGACCAGUCUGAGCGGAUUGGCCACCAGCGUGCCGUUUCAUAUCCCUGUCAGCGUCCCUGAUUGUUGA